CGAGUGUUGGAGGCCACGGAGCGGCGGACGGGUAUAUAUAAUGGCGGCUGUGGAGACUGGUGCAUCAGAUUUUCUAACACUUCCAGCGAUCAGACAUGAAGUUCCUGGUUGUGGUAGCAGCGGUGGCGGCGUGCGCGGGUGCUCGCUCCAUCAACGCCGGUUGGGUCCUUCCGCCAGGCAACAUCGGCACCUCGGGCAUCCUGCGCAAGGAUGGCUCCACCGAUCUGUUCAGCCAUGACUUCGCUCACAACAUCGUUGCCAUCGGACCGGCUGGCAUCGUCCUAAAGAACGGCCCACCCGUUCAGCUCGACGCCGACCUCAACAUGGUGGGCCGCAGCAAGCGCUCCACCGCUGGAUACGUCAAUGCGGCUGGCAACAUUGGCCGCUCCGGAGUCGUUCGCACGGAUGGCACUAUUGAGCAGUUCGGCCACGAUCUGGCCCACGACAUCGCUUUCUUUGGCCCUAGUGGCAUCAUCCUGAAGAACGGCCCACCCAUCCACCUGGACGAAAACCUCAACAUGAGGGGCCGCACCAAGCGCCAUGUCGUAGGAGACACCGGCAUGAUCACCGACUGGGGUCACAUCAUCCAGUUCAGGGAGCCUUUCACCACCAUUGUCCACGAAGGCCCAAGUGGCAUCGUCCUCUCCGACGGCCAGAACAUCCAGAAGCCUCACCUCUGAAUGCCGGUUCUUGGCUAAUGAUCUUCCAACUUUGUACAACAUUCUCAAGCAUUGAAUUGAAGUUUUAAUGGAAAGAUCAGUAUGUUAGCUUACGAUUACGAAAAGAUUCUGAAAUACAGUACACCAGACGUUUCAGUCUUUGAUGAUAUAUUGUUAUAUUUUGUAUUGAUCAUCUGAUGAUUGAAUAAAAUUAAUAAUGGAAA